AUGUUUUCUUUCACUUUUUGUCAGUGGCGUCCAAAUAAUCUUAGAAAGGACAUAUUCUCAGCGAUAGCAGACGGUCCAACAAACAAGUUGCUACAAAGUCUAUUAGUACAGAAUAUCAAAGCGAAGUUUCCUGACGUCCAAGCAGUCGUAGGCUUGGAGUCCCGAGGGUUUCUGUUCUCAUUCUCCAUUGCUGCUGAGCUGGGCAUAGCUUGUCUACCGGUCAGGAAGAAAGGCAAGCUGCCUGGCGAAGUUGUGGCUUAUAAAUAUGAACUGGAGUAUGGAUCGGACAUCCUAGAAAUCCAAAAGAACGCUGUACAGCCGGGUCUGAAAUGCGUCAUAAUAGAUGAUUUAAUAGCCACGGGGGGAUCCAUCACGGCUGCCACACACUUACUGAAGACUUGCGGCGCUGACGUCAUAGGCUGCUUGCUUGUCAUAGAACUGACGUCACUAGCUGGCAGACAAAACAUUCCUAAAGGUAUACCUGUACAUUCCUUGCUCAGUUAUGAGUAGAUAGUUCACUUGUACUUUGUAGUGU